AUGGAUAGCCAAAUCUUCUCAGAGUCGGCCCUCAUCGCGCAAGUCACUACACUAUCUGCUCUGGUCAUUACGUUUCUUGCGCUGCUUCCAAAGCUCAGCCUGCAAUUCAAGUUAUCGAAAUUACCAGUGUUCGGCCUUUCUACAAACAAUGACAAGCAACGAGCCUUUUUCCUCAAGUAUUGCACAGAACUGUAUCGCAAAGGAUACACACAGUUCACAAGAUCCGUUUACCGCAUGGCAGCAGAUGAUGACAUACAAUAUGUGGUCAUACCACCUAGGUUUUUGCCGGAGCUGAACAAACUCUCUGACGAUGUUGUAGAUCUUCCUGCAGCUGUUAAAAAGAUGCUUGAAGGUCAUUAUACCAAACACGAAACUAACUUUCCCACAUUGAUGCACAGUAUAAAAGCUGAUCUUACACCUUCAUUAAAACGCCUCAACGAGCAUGUUUCUGCCGAGGUCGACAACGCUAUGGAACGCUUCAUGCCUCCUUGCGAGGAUUGGACUAAACUGACGAUAUACGAAAGUGUAACAAACAUUAUAGCUCAGGUAUCUGGCCGCCUGUUCGUCGGACCAGAACAUUGUCGCGAUCCUGAAUAUCUUGACAUUGCAGUCAAUUUCACGAAUGAAACAACUACUGCGGCUUUCGCAGUCAAGAAUUGCAAUAAAUGGCUUCGCCCCUUCAAAGCCUCUCACCUCUCCGAGGUCCAGCACCUCCAGAACAGAUACGAGCGGGCUACCAAAUUCUUCCAGCCUAUCCUCCACCAGAGACAAGAAUCGGACCGGAAGAAUUUCGACGACAUGUUACAGUGGUUGACGGAUCGUGCCAAAUCAAGCGGUGUCCCUAUGGAAAUUUCGUCACUGAUACGACAGCAGCUUACACUUACUGUCGCAGCCGUCCACACUACCGCCAUGACAGCCACCAACAGCCUAUUCAGUCUCGCGGCGAUGCCCGAGUACCUUGAGCCACUUCGUGAGGAGAUCCAGACCGUCCUAGACGGCAAUGGUGGGAGCCUCACACCACGCGCUCUUCAGCAACUAGUCAAGCUAGACUCCUUUAUCAAGGAGGUAGGCCGCUGGUACCCUUUUAGCAUCACUUCUUUCGCCCGCUACGUCCACAAACCCUUCAUCCUCUCCAACGGCCAACACAUCCCCGCCGGCGUGAUAAUCGAAGUCCCCUCCGACGCCGUAAGCUUCGACCCCGCCAUCUUCACCAACCCCAACGAAUUCGACGGCUUCCGCUUCUACAAAAUGCGAGAGAAUGCGGGUACGGGCGAGCUAGCACGCUCGCAGUUUGUCUCGGCGAAUGAACGCGAUAUGCUGUUUGGUUAUGGCAAGCAUGCGUGCCCGGGGCGCUUCUUCGCCGCCAAUGAAAUCAAGAUGGUUCUGGUUAGGAUGAUUAUGGAUUAUGAUAUUGUGAUGCCAGAUGGGCGGAAAGAGAGGUACGAGCCGCUUCAGGUGGAUAGGCAGGUCAUGCCGAAUCCGAGCAAUUCUUUGCUUCUGAGGCGCAGGAAGGUUUAG